UUUGUUUUUUUAAACAGUGCAAAGCGGAGAGAGCAGCUCUGGUAGUGAGAGCCCAGUCGGUCCAUGACUUGUUUGGGACUCUGCUGCUGCUGAAACACAAUAGGUGACACAAUGAAGCUCUUUGCUGCCGUGCGAUGGACUGUAAAGGUGUUCAUUUUGUGCCUGGUGCUUGGAACAGCUGUCUUGCUGAAUCCAGAGGAUCCCAAUGUCUGCAGCCACUGGGAGAGCUAUGCUGUGACUGUGCAGGAAUCGUAUGCUCACCCAUUUGAUCAGAUUUAUUACACACGCUGCACGGACAUCCUCAACUGGUUCAAAUGCACGCGGCACAGAAUAAGUUACAAGACUGCAUACCGGAGAGGCCUGAGAACCAUGUACCGGCGGAGGUCACAGUGCUGCCCUGGAUACUAUGAAAGUGGAGACUUUUGUGUCCCGCUCUGCACAGAAGAAUGUGUCCAUGGCCGCUGCGUGUCCCCUGAUACCUGCCAUUGUGAACCUGGUUGGGGUGGAGCAGACUGUUCUAGUGGCUGUGACAGUGAGCAUUGGGGUCCACACUGCAGUAACCGCUGCCAAUGUCAGAACGAAGCACUUUGUAACCCUAUCACCGGUGCCUGUGUGUGCUCUGAGGGGUACAGAGGAUGGCGAUGUGAAGACUGGUGUGACCCGGGGACCUAUGGCAAAGCUUGUCAACUGAGAUGCCAAUGCCAGAACGGAGCAACAUGUGACCACAGGACUGGCGAGUGCCACUGUGCUCCUGGAUACACGGGAGCCUUUUGUGAAGAGCUGUGUCCACCAGGAAGUCAUGGGGCACUAUGCGAGCUUCGCUGUCCUUGUCAGAAUGGAGGUGUGUGUCAUCAUGUGACGGGUGAUUGUUCCUGCCCAGCAGGAUGGACGGGUUCUGUCUGUGCCCAGCCGUGUACCUCAGGAAGAUAUGGGGUAAACUGCAGCCAGGAGUGUCAGUGUCACAAUGGUGGACAGUGUGACCCUGUCUCUGGAAGAUGUCAGUGUGCCGCGGGAUACACCGGGGAGAGGUGCCAGGAGGAAUGUCCUAUAGGCACAUAUGGUUACCAGUGUGCAGAAAGGUGCGACUGUCAGAACGGAGCCAAGUGUUACCACAUUAAUGGGGCCUGCUUAUGUGAGCCGGGCUUUAAAGGCAUUCUUUGUGAGGAGCGAGUGUGCGCAGAUGGACUGUACGGUCUCAAGUGUAACAAGAACUGUCCCUGUAACCUGACCAACACUCGCAGCUGCCACCCUCUGUCUGGGGAGUGCACCUGCAAGGCAGGUUGGAGCGGCCUAUACUGCGAGGAACCCUGCCGUCCUGGCUUCUACGGAGAGGGCUGCCAGCAGCUGUGUGCCUGUUUCAAUGGGGCUGACUGUGACGGUGUGACAGGCAGGUGCCUCUGCGCUCCAGGAUACACGGGAUCGGACUGUUCAGCUACCUGUCCUUCUGGAACGUUUGGAACUGACUGCUCCUCAGUGUGUAACUGCAAAAACGGUGCAGUCUGCUCCCCGGUGGAUGGGUCUUGUAUGUGCAGAGAAGGCUGGCAAGGGACAGAUUGCUCCAUUCCUUGUUCAAGUGGCACUUGGGGACUGAGCUGCAAUCAGACCUGUCAUUGUCUGAAUGAAGCUUCUUGUAACUCACUAAAUGGUAGCUGUAUGUGCAUUGCAGGCUGGAUGGGAGACAUCUGUGAACAACCAUGUCCGGAGGGGAUGUAUGGUCUGAACUGUGCUGAACACUGUGACUGCAGCCAUGCAGAGGGAUGUGACUCUGUCACGGGUCACUGUCACUGUCUGGCUGGAUGGACAGGUAUUCAUUGUGAUAAUCUGUGUGCCCAAGGACGAUGGGGGCCCAAUUGCUCCAUGCCUUGUCACUGUGAGAAUGGAGGGUCAUGCGCACCCGAGGAUGGAAGCUGUGAGUGUGCUCCAGGAUAUCGGGGGACCUUGUGCCAGAGAAUUUGUUCUCCUGGGUUCUUUGGGCAUCGCUGUAGCCAGAACUGCGCUCAGUGUGUUCACGCUAAUGGACCAUGUCAUCACAUCACCGGACGUUGUGACUGCUUGCCAGGAUUUUUUGGGCCACUCUGUAACCAAGUGUGCCCAAGCGGAAGGUAUGGAAGAGGCUGUUUAGAAUUUUGUACAUGCAGCAACAACUCCACCUGUAACCCUAUUGAUGGCUCGUGUCAGUGCUAUCCGGGCUGGAUUGGCAGCGACUGCUCUGACGAAUGUCCUUCUGGUCUUUGGGGUCCAGACUGCAUCCACACUUGUAACUGUCACAAUGAUGCCGAGUGCAGUAUAUAUGAUGGGGAAUGUAAAUGUACGCCUGGAUGGACAGGGCUGUACUGUACACAGAGGUGCCCAUCAUCUUUUUAUGGAAAGGACUGUGCCAAUGUCUGCCAGUGCCAUAACGGAGCCGACUGUGACCACAUCACUGGGCAGUGCACAUGUAGGACAGGAUUCACAGGCAAACACUGCGAGCAGAAGUGCCCACCAGGAACCUUUGGAUACGGCUGCCGGCAGCUGUGCGAGUGUUCGAACAAUGCCACGUGUGACCACGUUACAGGGACCUGCUACUGCAACCCUGGCUUCAAAGGCAUCCGCUGUGACCAGGCUGCUCUAAUGAUGGAAGAACUGAAUCCUUACACUAAAAUUAGCCCAGCCCAUGGCUCUGAAAGACACUCAGCGGGUGCCAUCAUUGGGGUCAUUGUCCUGCUGCUGAUCAUCAUGACUUUGUUAGGACUCUUCUUAUGGUACCGGCAGAGACAAAAGGACAAAGAUCAUGAAAUGCCUAAUGUGUCGUACACCCCAGCCAUGCGCAUGACCAGUACAGACUACUCUCUUGCAGGUGCCUGUACGAUGGACAGACGUCAGAAUACAUACAUCAUGGAAAAUGGCUUCAAAGAUUGUUUGAAAGAGUCAGGGUGCAGUUCCAGCACCUGCUCACUAAGCAGCAGUGAGAACCCUUAUGCCACCAUUACAGACCCCCCCGCGCAGCACUCCAAACACUCAGAGAACAGCUACGUGGAAAUGACCUCACCUGUCCAUACAGAUGCCCCACACUCAGAUAUGCCACCCUCAUCCAAAGCUAACAAAAAUGUGUAUGACGUGGAGCCAACGCUCAGCCUGCUCCAGGAGGCCCAACAUCAGAUCCCUAACUACAUGCAAAAUCCAUAUGACUUGCCAAGGAACAGCCACAUCCCCAGCCACUACGACCUGCUCCCUGUCCGGCACAGCCCCUUGCAUGGAACUUUCUGGGAUAAGCAGAUGGAUAAGGAGUCUUUAUAGAAGUGUGAGGAAAGUGACGGAGAAAUCUCUCAUUCUGCAAUACGCCCAUUCUGUGGGGGGCCAGCGCCACUGGGCACAUGCAUGACGUCAUUAGGAGACUCUUUUUUUAUACACAUAGGAUGUAUCUAUAGGACAAGUCACUGUGUGUAUAUAUCUAUGUAUAUGUGUGUGUAUUAAUCAGCCUCCGAAGAGGUGCACAGGUAAAGAGGGGGCUAUUCCAGGGGAUGUUCACCAAGAUGAGUCAACUGUGGAAGUAGCAGUUUACACACAACGAA